GCCGAGACCGGGAAGCGGCGGCAGGAGAAGCAGCAGCUGGGAGCGCGCGCUGGGGAAAUGGCCGGCGAGAUGACGGUGCUGGGUUCAGCUGUCUUGGCCCUUUUGUUGGCUGGCUACCUGGCACAACAGUAUCUACCUAUGCCUACACCAAAAGUGAUUGGGAUUGACCUUGGCACCACUUACUGCUCUGUUGGCGUGUUCCUUGCUGGCACAGGGCAAGUGAAAGUUAUAUCAGAUGAAAGUGGGCAUAACAGCAUACCAAGCAUAGUGUCAUUCACAGACACGGAUGUGUACGUGGGAUAUGAUGGCCUAGAACUAGCAGAUUCUAAUCCACAGAACACAGUAUAUGAUACCAAAAGAUUCAUAGGGAAAAUCUUCACUCCAGAAGAGCUGAAAAAUGAAAGUAGCAGAUAUCCAUUUAAGAUUUUCAGCAACAAUGGAGCAGUUGAAUUUUCAGUGACAACCAAUGAAACAUAUAACGUCUCACCUGAGUAUAUUGGCUCUCAACUGCUACUGAAAUUAAAGAGGAUGGCAGAGGAGUACCUUGGCAUGCCAGUUUCCAAGGCUGUCAUUUCAGUGCCAGCAGAAUUUGAUGAAAGGCAACGGAACUACACUAUUAAGGCAGCUAACCUUGCAGGGUUGGAGAUAUUGCGGGUAAUUAACGAACCCACUGCUGCAGCUAUGGCUUAUGGUCUCCAUAAAGCGGAUGUGUUUAAUGUUCUGGUAGUGGAUUUGGGUGGAGGAACUUUGGACGUCUCAUUAUUGAAUAAACAAGGAGGAAUGUUUCUGACACGAGCGAUGGCAGGUAACAACAAACUUGGAGGACAGGACUUCAAUCAGCGAUUGCUGCAAUACUUGUAUGAUCAAAUCCAUCGAAUGUAUGGCUCUGUGCCCUCCAGAAAGGAAGAAAUACAUCGACUUAGGCAGGCUGUGGAAGCAGUCAAGUUAAAUUUGACUCUACACAAUUCUUCUCCUGUCAGAGUUUCUCUUACCAUGCCAGAAAGGAAGGACCUAAAAGAACUUUCAGAAAGAGAACAGAUAAAAAUAAAUAACGUAAUUGCAGCCGAACCUUCACAAAUGGAAGAUGGUAUGAUAAACCUUUUAAGGGAUGACUUUUCACAAACACAGAGCAACACUGUGAAAGUUGUCUUUGAAACAGAAAUCUCAAGAAAACUAUUUGAGAUGUUGAACGAGGACUUGUUUCAGAAGAUCCUUGUGCCCGUUGAGCAGGUGCUGAAGGAAGGACAUCUACCCAAGACAGAAGUGGAUGAGAUUGUAUUAGUAGGAGGCUCCACCCGUAUUCCCCGGAUAUGCAGAGUUAUUCGAGAGUUCUUUGGAAAGGAACCCAACACCUCUGUAGAUCCUGAUCUGGCAGUGGUAAUGGGUGUAGCUAUCCAAGCUGGCAUUGUUGGAGGGUCCUGGCCCCUCCAAGUCAGUGCUGUAGAAAUUCCUAAUAAGCAUUUACGAAAAACUAACUUCAACUGAACUUCAUUGUUCUUGUCACAUUCCAUUAUUCACUGUUUCAAAAAACUGUACUCAUGACCGUGCAUAGACUUACCCAACAAACAAUGAAGCCUAGUCAUUUAAGUGUUGCUAGACCAUUGUGUGCUGGCUCUAUCAUGUUUUAAAGGUAUUAGCAAUUCAAAAAUAAUGGACACGCAUAACCCACCUCUGCCCCAUUGGUUUGUCGACUGGCUGUGGGAUGAAAACCUGAGUUGAGAGUUGUGAAAACAUGCUAUUGCCAAUAAAAUGCACACAUUUUCUUGCUAAAUUUUAUUAGCAGACCCUGAAGACUUGAAAGUGGACUGUAACCAUGAGCUUGAACCUGUGGUGGAGAUAGUAUGUACUGUGAGAGGAGGUGUAGCAGUAUUAAUGCAGACAGCUCAGGUAAUGUUCAGCUUAAUUUAUUAAACUGAGUCAGAUGAGCACUUCAAAGCACCUUUCUAAAUGCAGUUUUCCUGUUUGAAUACUAUCUAUUUGUCCACUUCACGUACGAUUCUUGUGCUGCUGUUAUAAACAGCAGUGUUAUUGCUGAAACUGUUUGUGGAUUUGUUGUCUCUUCUUAGUGUAGUCUUACUGUAAUCAAAGAAAAUUUAAGAUUUUUUUUUUAAGCUCUUUCAUGUUGUUACACUGGUGUCUGCUUUAAAAUGCAUUUUCCUAAUGGAUUCCUAUGAUUCAAUUUGUCAUCAGCUAGAGAGGCUGCUGUGGUCCCCCUGAUGUUUCUCCAGUGGGCAGACACCUGAUAAUGCCAUCAUUACUGUAGUUCCUGCCAUGCAGCCAAAACAUUUUUAUAAAGCCAAUUUUAUAUUAAUGAAAAAAACGCAUUAGGUCCUGCUAGGGUCCCAUUCAUGUUUUUCAACCAAUACAUCCCUAUCUUUUAUUUACCAUGAAAUGCAUUGGUGCUCAGCUAAGAGAAUUGCUACAGCUUCUUUUUAACAACUUUCUCCCUAAAAAUAAAAUGAAUCCAACUAUUUUUAUCUGGUGCCUAGCAUGUAGGUGUCUAUAUGUUUUCAGGUUCCUGAUGCUUUCCCACACUCUGAAUUGAACAUGGAGUGAUAAUUGUGAGUUGUAGUCUGGUAAAGAAAACCAUACAAGUAGCACAGGAACUGGAAUGUAAACAUGGUAAUAUUGAAGCCUUUUGCUUUUGAUGACUGUUUUGACUACUGGCAUCUUGUUAAAUACAAGGAACAGAAGUUGACUCCUAAAGUCUCAACUUUUGGAGGAAGGUUUUAAAGAAACUUGUCUAAUUGUGCUCUUUUUGAAGGGAUAAAAUGCUGAAUAGCCCAAUAAACUCCUUUUUAUACAUGUUAUUUUAUCCUUGGUCAACGAAGAGAGUAUUGUCAUCCCCGAACAGCAGAUAACUAAGCAAAAUUUGCUUAAUAAAUCUGACAGUUGUAUUUUUUAAUGUGAGAUCUAAUAACUUGAUUUUAAAUCUUUUGCUAUCUACUACAUUUGAGACUUUUCAGGAAUAAGCUUGCACUUAAUUUAAAAAACAUGGUUUUGAUGGAAUGUGUCUGCCCUACCAUUUUAAAGUGGCCUUGUCUCUGAGUUUACAAAGUAUUUCAGACAAUGCUGCUAGUAGCUUUUGAACUGUAACCAAGGAAAACCAAGAAGCUUUCUGUAUGGGAAAAUACUUUAAGUGGUUGUACUAUUGCAAAAAUUAACAGGAGUGGGUAUGUAAUUCUUGAAACUACUUUUUUUAAGAAUGACUAAACUUAAAGUUGAAGUCCCUUCAAAGAAAUAAUGGACAAAUAUCAGUAUGCAGUACAAUUCUCUCAAGUACCAUGCAGAUGCUAUUUUAGGCCCUUAUCUUGCAAAUACUUCUAUGUUUACUUUGCAUAUGUGCAGAAAUCUUUGCAAGAGUUAGGGCUUACUCUGUUGUAAGUCUUAUUCAUAGCUGCUUUUUUUUUUUAAAAGGGGUUUAGAAUUACAAUUGAUCUUAAAAUGCUAAUUUUUGUUUUCAACACUAUUUUUGUGUAUGAAACUAGCAGGAUUAACUGAUUGCAUAAAAUCAGAAUCAAAUCAUAGCUAAUUAAAGUGAACCAGAAAAGCUUUAAGACAUGGGAAGUUUGGAAGGGGCUUCAGAGGAAUUUCAAAAUGUGAGACUUGAAACAAAAAUAGGGCUUUAAAAAUUUUCUAAAGUCUGGGAGGAUGGCAACAUUGUCCAGUAAGUGGACUUUUCAUUUCCAUAAGUGUAAGUCUACAAAUAUAUUUUGUUUUAAGGAUGGAUGGGUUGUUUACUUGAAAAGUUUCCAAAAGGGAUGCAGCUUUUUAGCCAGAAACUUUUCAUAGAGAAGUUAACAUGCAUAAGACAUCUCCUAAUGCAUGGUCUAUUUAAUAUUUUUAAAACUACCUUGUGUGGUUGCUAAAUUUAAGUGCAACUAAGUUAUUUAUUUUGUAUCUAAUACUAGUUUUGGUACUCUAUUUUGGCACAAACAGCUGAAUUUUAAACAAAGAGUAAUAUUGCACCUUGUGUAUUUUUCCCUGUGCACAACUUACUAUGAAGGUCCUUCAUUUAACUAAAUGACACUGUUUUGAAGAUUGGAGUCCUGUUUUUAAGACUAGUCCUAUUUAAAUCUUGGUGCCUGUAGCUUUAGCCCUGUAACACCUAUCUUUAUUUAAGUGUUUACGUAGCUGAGGUUCAGGGGAGGGCAGUCCUGGAAGUGGUGAUGCCUCAUUAAUAUUAUAAAAUUUUGUCAGUUUACAGGUUGACAUGUACAUCAUCUGCAUUUGGGAAAAAUAUCAUACUUCAGAGAUAUUUAUAUACAGCCUUUUAAAAUAUGUUCUUAAAUAAAAGUAAUUGCAUAAGAUCUACCAAACUUUUGUUUCUCUUUCCCUGGGAUUUCCUUUUGGUAUGAAGCAUUACUGUUAGAAAUAAGGCAGAGCUAAGGGCAGGAAGAGAGAAGUGCACCAGUGACCUACAAGAGGUGGUAAUAUGGGCUAGAAAAGUGAAGGAGCAGCUCUAAACAACUCAAUUUAUCUAUAAUUGUUGUAACCCUUUUUAUUAAAUCAGUAGUGACAAAUAAGGUCACUAGAAACAUGCUGUAGAAAUUCUGUAUUGUGCAGAUUUGGGCAUUCCACAGACAUUGUCCAAUGGGGUUUCUGGAAAAUAAAAUCGAACUUAGCAGGAUGUGGCCUCUUAGUAAGAAUAUUUGACCUUCUCAAUAUUAACUGCAGGAGUACUUGUCAGCUGGAGCAGUGGUUCCUAAGGAGGGAUCCAGUGGCUGUGAGCAAGUUCUAAGGGAUCUGCUACCCAUGGUGGGCAUUAAACUUGCUAGGGCCCUGGGCAGAAAGCCAAAGUUCUGCCAGGCAGGACUGCAAGGAAUAUUGCAGGGGCCUGAGCCCUACCAUGUGGGGCUGAAACUGAAGCCUGAGCAACUUAGCUUCACAGUGGCCCCUGUGCAGUGGGGCCCCAAGCAAUUGCCUGGUUUGCUACCUCUUAACAGUGGCCCUGGCUUUUAUAUGCAGAAAAACAGGUGUUAUGGCCCAGCUGGGCCAUGGAGUUUUUAUAGCAUGUUGUGGGGGGGAAGUGUUGAGAAAGAAAGGAAAAAGCUUGAGAACGCCUGAUCUCGAGUCUGAUACCAUAGCACUGCAAAUGUGAACUGCCCACAUCCAUCACUGAGUGACAAGUGAGAAAAGCAGACUUUUUGAUGACAUUUGAAUGUGUAUGAAAUUGGAUAGCUAUUCUAAUAAGUAUUUAAAAGUUCCCUUUGAAUGGCUUGUAUUAGAGUGGCAACUAAAGGCAUACAAUUAAAAUAUAUAUCCAACAUCA